AUGGAGGGGCCGCCCCCGGUGCCCCCCGGACUGGGGCCGCCGCAGGGAGGCGGAGCGGCCGCUGAUCCGGAGCUGGGAAGCCGACAACACCCGGGACACGGGACGGCGGCGGGGCGGCACGGCGCCCGCCUGCUGCAGGCCGGCGGCGAGCCCGAGAGCAUGGCGGAUUACCUGAUCAGCGGCGGCACCGGCUACGUGCCCGAGGAUGGGCUCACCGCGCAGCAGCUCUUCGCCAGCGCCGACGGCCUCACCUACAACGACUUCCUGAUUCUCCCAGGAUUCAUAGACUUCAUCGCUGAUGAGGUGGACCUGACCUCAGCUCUGACUCGGAAGAUCACGCUGAAGACGCCGCUCAUCUCCUCCCCCAUGGACACUGUGACGGAGGCUGACAUGGCCAUCGCUAUGGCUCUGAUGGGCGGAAUUGGUUUCAUUCACCACAACUGCACGCCAGAGUUCCAGGCCAAUGAGGUGCGGAAGGUGAAGAAAUUUGAACAGGGCUUCAUCACGGACCCUGUGGUGCUGAACCCCUCGCACACCGUGGGCGACGUGCUGGAGGCCAAGAUUCGGCAUGGCUUCUCUGGCAUCCCCAUCACGGAGACGGGCACCAUGGGCAGCAAGCUGGUAGGCAUUGUCACCUCCCGAGACAUCGACUUCCUCGCCGAGAAGGACCACACCAUCUUCCUCAGCGAGGUGAUGACGCCGCGGAAUGAGCUGGUGGUGGCUCCAGCAGGUGUGACGUUGAAAGAGGCAAAUGAGAUCCUGCAGCGCAGCAAGAAAGGGAAGCUGCCCAUUGUCAAUGACCGCGACGAGCUAGUGGCCAUCAUUGCCCGCACCGACCUGAAGAAGAACCGGGACUACCCUCUAGCCUCCAAGGAUUCCCACAAGCAGCUGCUGUGCGGGGCAGCUGUAGGCACCCGCGAGGACGACAAAUACCGCUUGGACCUGCUCACCCAGGCGGGCGCCGACGUCAUAGUGCUGGACUCAUCCCAGGGGAACUCUGAGUAUCAGAUUUCCAUGGUGCACUAUGUCAAGAAGAAGUACCCCCACCUCCAGCUGAUUGGGGGGAAUGUGGUGACAGCAGCUCAGGCCAAGAACCUGAUUGACGCUGGUGUGGACGGGCUGCGUGUGGGCAUGGGCUGUGGCUCCAUCUGCAUCACCCAAGAAGUGAUGGCCUGUGGUCGGCCUCAGGGCACGGCCGUGUACAAGGUGGCAGAGUAUGCCCGGCGCUUCGGGGUGCCAGUCAUAGCGGACGGUGGCAUCCAGACCGUGGGGCAGGUGGUCAAGGCCCUGGCCCUGGGAGCAUCCACCGUGAUGAUGGGCUCCCUGCUGGCCGCCACCAACGAGGCCCCUGGCGAGUACUUCUUCUCCGACGGGGUGAGGCUCAAGAAGUACCGGGGCAUGGGCUCCUUGGAUGCCAUGGAGAAGAGCAGCAGCAGCCAGAAACGAUACUUCAGCGAGGGGGACAAGGUGAAGAUCCCGCAGGGCGUAUCCGGCUCCAUCCAGGACAAAGGCUCCAUUCAGAAGUUCGUGCCCUACCUCAUAGCAGGGAUCCAGCAUGGCUGCCAGGAUAUCGGUGCCCGGAGCCUCUCUGCCCUGCGGUCCAUGAUGUACUCAGGAGAGCUCAAGUUUGAGAAGCGGACCAUGUCCGCUCAGAUCGAGGGCGGUGUCCACGGCCUGCACUCUUACGAGAAGCGGCUGUACUGA